GCGACUCCCUCUCCUCCCCGCCGCCCGGCAGCGCACGCAGCUGUCCCGCCUGGCAGCGGCACGCGGGCGGGGGCGGUCCCCGGCCUGCCCUGGCGAGGGGCGGUGCAGGCCGCACAAAGGCGGGCGGAGACGCCAGGUAGGACGAACACCUGGCGGCGGGCGGGCUGUCGGGAGCUCGGGCGACCCGGGCGCGGGCGGCUGCUACUCCGACCUGGACCUGUGCGGGGCACCGGCCCCGAGGGUCUCCGCGCCCCGGACGCCCAGUAAACACCUCCCGAAGAGGACCUCACCUCUUUCCCCGGGAGAGGGGACCGGGGCUUUUCAGGGGUCCAGGAGACGCUUCGCACAGGAAGACGCCCUCGCGAGUUUCUAGUUUGUUGCUCUUUUUCCUUUGGCACUUUGAGAAUGUAUGGAAGGGACCCUUUGACGUGGGACUUUUCUGCCCUUCAAGUCCCCUGCCCAGCUGCGCGCCGGUCCCUCCUCGUGUAACCUUAGCCACCUCCCUUGGGCUUUGGCGUGGUGUAAUUUUCUUUCCCGGACACAAAAGCAAGGACUCUAUUUUGAAGAGAUGGGCAGUUCAUACAGAAAAAAAAAAAUCUAUUACAAGGCUUCAUAGUUUCCACACGCUUCUUUUCAAACAGUCCUGCUUAGGUGGAUGAUCUCGUCCUCUGCUGGUUUGCUGUUGUUUUCUAAUGGCUGUGGAAGAAAAGCCAAGUCAGAAUGAUAACUGGCACAACACGAAUUUAAAAAAUCGAUAUCCCGAUGAGCAGCCUGGGGGAGGUUCAGCAGAGGCCAUUGGAACCUGCACGCAGAGCUCAGAAGCCCCCUUGCCGGUGCUGUUUAUUGAAGGAAUGAUUACAACCAUCAGGGAGAAACCUUUCAUCUUCUGUCAAAGCCUUUUUUUUUUUUUUUAAACAUCAUCCAAAAUUAAGUCACUUUUGCCCCAUCUAAGAGAAGAUUUUAUCUAUAAAUUUCCUCUUCCAGUUUUAAGGUUUAAGAAGUCAGUCUACUCCACGUUACUUUUGGACCCCUCCCCUCAUCCCAGCAGAGAACCAUUCCCAGGGGGCGUGUGUUUGGGUGAAGCUACCUUACCGGGUCUCUUGAACUGAAGCAGUGUGAUAAUCCUGGUACUUGAGAACUGCUGUAACUAUUUUCCGUGGGUCAAUAUUAAAAAAAAAAAAAAUCAAUGUGUUUAUGUCAAGAGCUUAAAGAAUCUUACUGAAUUUAAAUACUUGAGUGGUACUUUGAGGAGAUUAACUUCCUGUCACUUAAACUCAUUUUCCAUGUGAAGGGACUGAAAUGUAGUGUAGGUUGCCUUUUCUGAAACCUGGGGCAUCAUGCUCAGUUCAGCCCCAUUGCACAUGAAGUACAUAGGUGGUCAGAUGGAUGCAGAGGAGGCAUGCUUUGGGAAGAGAUGGUUCUAUCCGAGGACAGGGUGUGACUUACCUAUUGAUGGGCUCCCUGCCAUCUGCACAGAUGGGCAUGUUGUGUGCCGCCAGGCGACUAUCUGUGCAUCAGAUACGGUUGCUGAGGUCACAAUUCACUGACAGAAAAGUUGGAACAGCUGGCUGUCCUGAACUAGGAGAUGUGCCACUGAUAGAUCUACUGGAUCCAGAGUGGUUUGGCCAAAGUUAAUCAUUUCUUUCCGGACUUGAAAAAUUGUUCAUUAGGUAUGUGAAGUUGCCUUAUAAUAGAGCAUCAUCGUAGAUCAUCAGAAACUCAAGUUACAAAAUUUAGUGUUUAUGUAAGACUCUGUCAAGCCAGAUGACACUUCAUUUUGUGUUCCACAUCUGCCCAGGCCUGCCCAAGUUGUAUCCCUUCAGCUGCUUAGAACAGGAAGGGAAAGGACAUUACCUUCUUUGGGUGUGGCUGAAGAUUAGCAUGGAGACUAAAAUUCAUCAGAAGGCCUUUGGUGGCCCAGUGCAGUGGCUCACCCCUGUAAUCCCAGCACUUUGGAAGGCCAAGGCAGGAGGAUCACUUGAGCCCAGGAGUUCAAGACCAUUCUGGGUAACAUAGUGAGAGACCCUGUUUCUUUUUCUUUUUUCUUUCUUUCUUUUUUUGUUUUUUUUUUUUAAUAAAGACAGGGUUUCACCAUGUUGGGAUCAGGCUGGUCUUGAACUCCCGACCUCAGGUGAUCCGCGUGCCUUGGCUUCCAAAGUGCUUGAAUUACAGGCGUGAGCCACCACGCCCGGCCGAGAGACCCUGUUUCAAUUAAAAAAUUAUAAGAAGAAGAAAAAGAAUACCCUUGACUGGGCUGUAGGGAGAGCACCUAUACUGUGGACUUCUUCUGUGUGAAUGUGUGUGUGUGUGUCUUUUAGGAAGUCUGGUAGCAUAGUAGGAGAGCUCUCCACCUGUACCCAAGGCCCUACUAAGACUCAUUCAGCUGUGACUCAGGGAAAAUUGCCCUUGACAUUUUCUGACUCAUGAACACAGUGUACAGCUUGUAGUUCACCUUCUGUCUUCUUCCUGAAAACUUACUUUGGGGCACUUUUCUAUCUUAAGAGAACUAAACAUUACCAGGCAGUAGUUAUUUCUGUCUUUUUCCUUAGGAGACUUGAAGAAGCUUAAAAAAAAAAAAAAAAAAAAAACAAAGCCCUGCACAUCUUUAUAAUUUAGUGUAGUUUGUUCAGCAGAGCACAAAAAGACCUCUGUUGGUUUUCAUCGUAAUACACAUCUAAGGCUUCCUUCGCAGAGUUGGGCUUACCGUCGCCUGCAAAGCACAUUCUGCUUUCGUGGCCGUGACCCGUUCGUAGCCGCUGAUAGACUGAAACCCAUGGCUGUAAACCGGCCACGUACCUCGGAUCCAGAAAUUGUAAUCAUUUUAAUGCAGAGUUUCUGUGCAUUAAAUAUACAGCAAUAUUUGAGCAAAUCUGAAUUGACCGUCACCUCAGAAACAUAUUUAAGAUCUGUCCCCUUUUCCUCACUUGUAUAUGCUUGUGAGUAAAUUGUAGAUAGGACACAUAAAAAUACCCAGGAGUAGACUUACAACCUAGAAGUCUGAUGGAUAGCCGGUGAUAAGGUAGUAAGUUCCUUUAGGUGACGACAUAGCAUCUGUUUAGAAAGUCUGGAGUACAUUUCCAGUGUUUUCUGGGAAGGUAACCCACUUUAUUUCCACUGAGUAGUUUAUCAGAUUGCUAGGAGUCUCCUCGCCAAAACAACACAAUGCAGCACAUCAAAACCGGAAAGGAAUGGGAUCGAGCACAUGAAAAGUUUCGAUGGAGGCAAAGGGCUAGGGAAAUACCUAGAGUCCGGGAAGUUAUCUAGGGACAAGUGUGGGUGGGAAAUAUUUGACUGCCCAGCCAUUUCCCUGGAGAGAAACUGAGUGGGGCAGUGGAUGGAGAGGGAUGGAGAAAUAUUAAGAAGCAGACGUUUACUGAACUUGAAAGUCCCUUCCUCACACUUUUGCUGAGGACUACAGCUUUGUCAGUGGUUGCAAACUCAAUUGUCUUUUUUUUUUUUUUUUUGAGACGGAGUUUCGCUCUUGUUACCCAGGCUGGAGUGCAAUGGUGUGAUCUCGGCUCACCACAACCUCCACCUCCUGGGUUCAGGCAAUUCUCCUGCCUCAGCCUCCUCAGUAGCUGGGACUACAGGCACGUGCCACCAAGCCCACCUAAUUUUUGGUAUUUUUAGUAGAGACGGGGUUUCACCAUGUUGACCAGGAUGGUCUCGAUCUCUUGACCUCGUGAUCCACCCGCCUUGGCCUCCCAAAGUGCUGGGAUUACAGGCGUGAGCCACCACGCUCGGCCCUCAGAUGUCUUAUAAUUUGGUAGAGGGAGGCCUCUAGAGAGUAAAUAUGGAGCACACAGCCCGGACAAGGAGGCGUCACUACUUGACCCUAGAUCAUGGUUACAUUGACCAUAUCACCAAAUGAUUUUGUUUUUCAAGAGAAGCUAGAAAUUUAGAUUUUUAUGCUAUGUCUGCCAGUUCUUAUUUCUUAAAAUUGAUUUAUUUUGAGACAGAGUUUCACUCUUGUCACUCAGGCUGGAGUGCAGUGAUAGGAUCUCGGCUCACUUCAGCCUCCGCCUCCCAGGUUCAAACAGUUCUCCUGCGCAGCCUCUGGAGUAGCUGCGAUGACAAGCACCCACCACCACACCCGGCUGAUUUUUGUAUUUUUAGUAGAGAUGGUGUUUCACCAUGUCAGCCAGGUUGGUCUCAAACCGCUGACCUCAGGUGAUCCACCCACCUUGGCCUCGCAAAGUCCUGGGAUAAUAGGCGUGAGCCACCAUGCCUGGCUUCUGCCAAUUUUUAUAUGUUUUUGAUCAUCUCAAGGGCCAAACACACCUGCAGGUUUGCAGCCACUUUAUUGUUAGUUUAAUGUGCUGUCCCUGCAUGAACCACAGCGCUUCUUCCCAUUCCGUCGCCAGCAAGGGCAUCUGAACAUUCACCGCGUACCCUGUAGCGGCAGUUGAUUUUUACUGAUACAUCCACACCUUCCUACCGGGUCUCCCUAACAAGAGGGAGUUGCCUGGUAUUUUCAGCACAUGUGAUCUCUAAGCUACUAAAACAGGGAAAAUGUGCAUCCAGCUGCUGCUAUUUAGAGCUAUCUAAACACCAGGGUAGGCUGGGUCCACCAGUGGCGAGGCUGCAAAUUGAGCUUUCCUCUUUCUUACCCUUCAAUCCCGUCCUCCACUGAAAAUGCCAUGGCCUCCAAUGUCACAUGAUGGACUUUUUUUUCCCCCCACUCCUCUCUCAUUGAAUCUCAUGAAUUUGAGGUCUGUUUCAGGAGUUAUCCUUAGGGUUAGAUAAUGAGCAGCGGGAGGAUUCUGAAUAACUUGGAACACAACAUUUUGCUUCUGUGCCUAGUGUUGGUAUGUCAUGAGCUUCUGUGAGACUCAGUGAGAUAACAUAUAGUGCCUUGCUUUUUCCUGAUGAGAUAAGUACAGGGCCUUAUUAUUUGUUAGGAAUUUGAGAAAGCUCUUUUUAUCUGCUUCAAAAAGCAGAAGUAUUUUAAAUAUUCUAUGUAAGUGCAAAGUAUUAUAAGCUUAGUGGUAGGAUAUAUGGGCAUUAUGUACAGUCACACUUUUCCAAGUUUGAGUCAUCUGCUUUUUUUUUUUUUUUUUUUGCAAAACUGCAGCAACAUGUAUUUUUACUAAUCUGUGAUUAAAAUGUUUGUUAAUGGUGAGUUUUUAAUUUUUUUUCUCACCAUGCUGAGACUUGAUGUUUACAGAAUAAAUAAGGGUUAAAGGUUAAAUGCCAGAGGUAUUAAAAUCAACAUCGCAGCCCUAUCAACACUUUCUGUUAUAGUGGUGAACACACUGUGUUUUGAAUUUCAGUUUCAGAAUUUAUGUUGGCAGAGACAAAAGGUUUUGGGGCAUCCUAGCAAAGUAUUUUUUUUUUUUUUAACCUAUUUUUGGGACAGCCACACUUGAGAGAAGUACAGCUAUAAAAGCCAGCCCUAACGUAGUGAUAUUGACUUUGACAAGCCAUAGAACUCAAACUGUACAUGUGAGUGAAGUCGUCCCUCCCUUCUGAGUUACCACCAUGAAAAUGAUGUCAUUGUCAUUGUUCAAAGCACUUUUGAAUGGUCAUUUAUGAGCUAUGUAAUAAAACUUACUUUUUGCUGGGUGUGGUGGCUCUGGCCUUUACAAAAAAAAAAAAAAAAUUAAAAAUUAGCCAGGCCUGGUGGCAUGCACUAUAGUCCCAGCUUCUUGGCAGGCUGGUGGGAGGAUUUCUUGAGCUCAGGGGUUCAAGUAUACAGUGAGCUGUGACUUUGGCACUGCAGCCUGGAUGAGAGACAGAGGAAGCAAAGGUGCCUACCGGUACCACUGGCAAAGCCACAAUGUGAAGCACAGUGGUGUGGACGACAUGGUGCUGCUCUCCAAGAUCACGGAGAACUCCAUCGUGGAGAAUCUAAAGAAGAGAUACAUGGAUGACUACAUUUUUACAUAUAUAGGAUCCGUAUUGAUUUCAGUCAACCCUUUCAAGCAGAUGCCAUAUUUUGGAGACAAGGAAAUUGAAAUGUACCAAGGAGCGGCACAGUAUGAAAACCCACCACAUAUCUACGCCCUUGCAGAUAAUAUGUACAGAAACAUGAUCAUUGACAGAGAGAACCAGUGCGUCAUCAUCAGUGGUGAAAGCGGUGCUGGAAAAACAGUGGCUGCCAAGUAUAUCAUGAGCUACAUCUCCAGAGUGUCUGGAGGAGGCCCCAAAGUCCAGCACGUGAAGGACAUCAUCCUGCAGUCCAACCCGCUGCUGGAGGCCUUUGGGAACGCCAAGACCGUGCGGAACAACAACUCCAGCCGAUUUGGAAAAUACUUUGAAAUCCAGUUCAGUCCAGGUGGGGAACCAGAUGGUGGAAAGAUCUCCAACUUCCUUCUGGAAAAAUCUAGGGUGGUGAUGAGGAACCCAGGAGAGCGGAGUUUUCACAUAUUUUACCAGCUCAUCGAGGGCGCCUCUGCAGAGCAGAAGCACAGCCUUGGCAUCACCAGCAUGGACUAUUAUUACUACCUGAGCCUCUCGGGCUCAUACAAGGUUGAUGACAUUGACGACAGGCGGGAGUUUCAGGAAACUCUGCACGCCAUGAAUGUGAUUGGGAUCUUUGCAGAAGAGCAGAUGCUGGUGUUGCAGAUAGUGGCAGGAAUUCUCCACCUGGGAAAUAUCAGCUUCAAAGAAGUCGGCAACUACGCGGCUGUGGAGAGUGAAGAGUUUUUAGCUUUUCCUGCAUAUCUGCUAGGGAUAAACCAGGACCGGUUAAAAGAAAAGCUAACGAGCCGGCAGAUGGAUAGCAAGUGGGGAGGCAAAUCCGAAUCCAUCCACGUGACCCUCAACGUGGAGCAGGCCUGUUACACCCGGGAUGCGCUGGCAAAGGCCCUGCAUGCCCGAGUGUUUGGUUUCCUCGUAGAUUCCAUCAACAAAGCCAUGGAGAAGGACCAUGAAGAGUACAACAUUGGCGUCCUGGACAUCUAUGGCUUUGAAAUAUUCCAGAAAAAUGGCUUUGAACAGUUUUGUAUCAAUUUUGUUAAUGAGAAACUGCAGCAGAUUUUUAUUGAACUCACAUUGAAGGCGGAGCAGGAAGAAUAUGUUCAAGAGGGAAUAAGAUGGACACCCAUUGAGUACUUUAAUAACAAAAUCGUGUGUGACCUCAUAGAGAACAAAGUGAACCCUCCUGGCAUCAUGAGCAUCCUGGAUGACGUGUGCGCCACGAUGCAUGCGGUGGGUGAGGGGGCAGAUCAGACCCUGCUCCAGAAACUUCAAAUGCAGAUUGGGAGUCAUGAGCACUUCAACAGCUGGAACCAAGGCUUCAUCAUUCACCAUUACGCUGGGAAGGUAUCCUAUGACAUGGAUGGCUUUUGUGAAAGGAACCGGGAUGUGCUUUUUAUGGAUCUCAUCGAGCUUAUGCAGAGCAGUGAGCUACCUUUUAUAAAGUCUUUGUUUCCAGAAAAUCUGCAAGCUGACAAGAAAGGGCGCCCGACUACUGCCGGAAGCAAAAUAAAGAAACAAGCCAAUGACCUUGUGAGCACCCUGAUGAAAUGUACACCCCACUACAUUCGCUGCAUAAAACCAAAUGAAACUAAGAAGCCGAGAGACUGGGAGGAAAGCAGGGUAAAGCAUCAAGUCGAGUAUCUGGGUCUGAAAGAGAACAUCCGAGUGAGAAGAGCUGGUUACGCCUAUCGGCGCAUCUUCCAGAAAUUCCUACAGAGGUAUGCCAUUCUGACCAAAGCCACCUGGCCCUCUUGGCAAGGAGACGAGAAGCAAGGCGUCCUGCAUCUGCUGCAGUCAGUCAACAUGGACAGCGACCAGUUCCAGCUGGGGAGGAGUAAAGUGUUCAUCAAAGCCCCCGAGUCUCUAUUUCUUUUAGAAGAGAUGAGAGAGAGAAAGUAUGAUGGAUAUGCUCGAGUGAUACAGAAAUCAUGGAGGAAGUUCAUCGCCCGCAAGAAAUACGUUCAAAUGAGAGAAGAAGCCUCAGACCUCUUACUGAACAAGAAGGAGAGAAGGAGAAACAGCAUUAACAGGAACUUUAUAGGGGAUUAUAUUGGGAUGGAGGAGCACCCAGAACUCCAGCAGUUUGUGGGCAAGAGGGAGAAGAUCGAUUUCGCAGACACAGUCACCAAGUACGACAGGAGGUUCAAGGGUGUAAAGAGAGACCUGCUUCUUACCCCAAAGUGCUUGUACUUAAUUGGACGAGAAAAAGUCAAACAGGGCCCGGACAAGGGCCUGGUGAAGGAAGUCCUGAAGCGGAAGAUGGAGCUGGAGCGGAUCUUGUCUGUGUCCCUCAGUACUAUGCAGGAUGACAUUUUUAUUCUCCAUGAGCAAGAAUACGACAGUUUGCUUGAAUCUGUCUUCAAAACUGAAUUCUUAAGCCUCUUAGCAAAGCGUUACGAGGAAAAAACCCAGAAGCAACUACCUCUGAAAUUCAGCAACACGCUUGAACUGAAGUUGAAAAAGGAGAACUGGGGUCCCUGGAGUGCGGGGGGCUCCCGGCAAGUGCAGUUCCACCAAGGCUUUGGGGAACUGGCUGUCCUCAAACCCAGUAACAAAGUGCUUCAGGUCAGCAUCGGACCCGGACUGCCCAAGAACUCCCGUCCUACCAGAAGGAACACUACCCAAAACAGGGCUUAUUCCAGUGGGACUCAAAAUGCCAACUACCCAAUGAGAGCUGCCCCUCCUCCCCCAGGAUACCAUCAGAACGGGGUCAUCAGAAACCAGUUUGUGCCACAUCCCCAUGCUCCUGGAAGCCAGAGGUCCAAUCAGAAAAGCCUGUACACUUCCAUGGCCCGCCCGCCCUUGCCACGGCAGCAGUCUACCGGUUCUGACCGAGUGUCACAGACACCUGAGAGCCUGGAUUUCCUCAAGGUCCCAGACCAGGGAGCUGCAGGGGUCCGGAGACAAACCAGCAGUCGGCCUCCCCCAGCAGGGGGCAGACCCAAGCCGCAGCCCAAGCCCAAGCCCCAGGUGCCACAGUGCAAGGCUCUGUAUGCCUAUGACGCUCAGGACACGGACGAACUCAGCUUUAAUGCCAGUGACAUUAUUGAUGUCAUCAGAGAAGAUCCUUCAGGCUGGUGGACGGGUCGACUACGAGGGAAGCAGGGCCUGUUCCCAAACAACUAUGUGACCAAGAUCUGAGGCGCCCACGACUCUGACGCAUGGGGCAGAGGAGCUCCAGGCACAGCCCAGGGGAGGAGGCACUUCCAAUCCACAGUGAGCAAUUGCUCCUCCAAGGCCUGGAGCUCUUCUGGUACCUUCCCCAUGGAGGACACUGAAAAGGCUGGGGUUGGGAACAGGGAGUAUCACUCCACAAACGAUCCUGAAAGGCAGCCCCUUCAUAGGAACCCAGGCAGGCAAAACCACCCGCAUUAACAUUUAUUUAUUGUAUUUAAACCUGGUGAGAGGACAAGUGAGGUCUGCUGACAUCUUGUAGGCUUCUGUCAAAACAGCACCCUGCUUCCUCACCAGGCCCAGGGAAUGGCUGUAAGUGGUCGCCAACAAGUGCCUUUAGUUGAAGAGCACAUUUCUUUCACCUCUUUUGUCCAUACCUGACGUACACAUUCCUCUCUGCCACCUUCCCUCAGGGAGGACCCACCUCUGCAGACUGGGCUUAGCGUGAGCAGGCACUUCCUGUGCACAUGCCAAGGGCAAGCAGGCCUGCUGAGCCCAGGGAGACAGAGGGCACUAGUUUACACUUUGCCGGGACCAUCAGGGCCGCCAGGCGCAGGUCAGAGGCUGGGGGCUGGGCUGCCGGCUUUGCUUUCUUUGGGUCUUCAAUUGGAAUAUGGCUGGCCCAUGUUGGUUUGUGUUUAAAUGCUGUACUUAUUAUAAAAAGGAUCUUUUUUUCAAGCUGUACAUUUAUAAAAACAGAUCAUAUACUGUAUGUAUAAAAAUCCUGAGAUGGUAGAAACAUGUAUGAAUGUACUAAGUAGUAUUCCACUGUACUCAUUCAUAAGGUAGCUUUUCUUACAAAACUCACACCAGGUACUUACAGAGGUGCCCUGUUAUUUUCCAACUACGGAAACGUGUCAUUGCUUUCUAGCUCAGUUCCCUGCAGACUCUUCUCAACUCUUUCCCUAUAGGAAUUUUCCUCCCCUCCCCCUACCGCCUCAUAAAUAAAUAAAGGAAUCAGAGAACA